GAGCACAAGCAUGCGUGCGGGUGCCGCUUUGGGUUGGCUCCUACGGCUGUCUUGGGCAGCUCAGCAGCAGGGCAGCGUUUCCGGCAGGAGAAAGGCAGCCGCGCGGCUCCUGCAAGCCCAGCCGCUCAGUUGCCGCGGAUAUUCAGGCGCAUUCAUGGCUGGGGCUCAGUAUGAGACGGAGCGAAGGGGCCGCCUGCACUCGGCCGAGUUUCGCCUCUAUUUUAAGAACUCAAAGGGAAAAUACAUUUCCCCAUUCCAUGACAUCCCUCUGUUUGCUGACCCAAAUGAGGAUGAGGAGGUUCCUGCAAAACGAUCAAAGAACAAUGGAAAUGAGGUUGUAUUUAAUAUGAUUGUAGAAGUGCCUCGUUGGACAAAUGCUAAAAUGGAGAUUGCUACCAAGGAGCCACUGAAUCCUAUUAAGCAAGAUGUAAAGAAAGGCAAGCUGCGAUAUGUAGCAAAUAUUUUUCCCUAUAAAGGCUACAUUUGGAACUAUGGGGCCCUCCCACAGACUUGGGAAGAUCCAAAGCAUACAGAUGAUAAUACAGAAUGCUGUGGUGACAAUGAUCCCAUUGAUGUUUGUGAAAUUGGUACCCAGGUUCGGACACUUGGUGAAGUUGUUAAGGUGAAGGCCCUUGGAAUUAUCGGUCUUAUUGAUGAAGGAGAAACUGACUGGAAGGUCAUAGCUAUCGGUGUGGAUGACCCACAUGCUCAGAAAAUCCAUGAUAUUGAUGAUGUCAGGAAGUUUUUCCCAGGUUACCUUGAAGCAACUGUUGACUGGUGCAGACUAUAUAAAGUCCCAGAUGGGAAGCCAGAAAAUAAGUUUGCUUUUAACGGCACAUUUAAAGACAAGGCAUUUGCUUUGGAAAUAAUCAAGUCCACGCACGAAUGCUGGAAAGCUUUGGUUCACAAAAAGGCCGAUGGAGGAGCCAUAAAAUGCACCAACCUUCUGGUGGCCACUAGCCCAUAUUGUUGCAACGAAGAAGACAUCCAAUCUAUUGUGCAAUCUGCUCCACCGCUUGUGGAAGAGCCUUCUGUUUCCAAAGAAGUUGAUAGAUGGCAUUUUCUUGGACCGUGAGCGCUACUGUUGUCUGAAAUCAUGCUACAAGAUUGUCUCUCAACUUCGUCUCUCUUUCCUGGGUCUCCACCCUACUCUACAGUACACCAUUUGGCCCAUGUGUGCACACACUUUGCUGAAAUGAAGUCACCAAUGACUGGAAUCUAUUGCACUGUAGAUCUUCUUUCCUGUAAAUAAAAUGGAUUUUUACAA